AUGCAGUUCACUCUCGCUACCCUUGUCACUCUCGCCGUCUCGGCUGUGGCUAUGCCUUCCGCUUCCCAGUCUAAGGGUCUUGCUCUCUCCAAGGCUGCCGGCUUCUGCCAGGCUGGUGAGAUUGCCUGCUGCAACCCUAAGAAGGAGAUCAGCGGCGAUGGCAUUCUUGGUAACCUCCUCGCUCAGGGAGCUUUGAACAACUUGCUCGGCGUUGGCGAUUCCGCCUGUGCCUCCCAGAGCCUGAUCAAGAACCUGAACCUGCUCGGUUUCACCGAGGAGGGCCAAGAGGGCACCACCUGCAAGAACGUUAUUGCUUGCUGCCCCGCUGGACAAGACUGCAAGGCCAUCGAGCAAUAA